GCCCAAACGUUAGUGUUCCGGGGUAGGUCAGUGUACACAGUGUAAAAAAUAUAUCAUUGUGUACUCUCUUACGUGUCUAUUAUACUGAGCACAGUGAGAGGCGGCAGAGGGCUGUUUUAUGAAGAAAGAGAGGCUCUGAAUACGGCACCGAGAUGAACUUCUUCAGAGGAGUGAUAAGUGGGCAGGCAGCCGGGCCGCAGCCGUCCGGAGCGGAGACGAUCCAGAAGCUGUGCGAUCGAGUUGCCUCCUCCACGCUCCUAGAAGAUCGGAGAGAUGCUGUCCGUGCUCUUAAGUCCCUCUCCAAGAAAUAUCGAAUGGAAGUUGGAACACAGGCAAUGGAUCACUUGAUUAACAUACUACAGACUGACAGAUCUGACUCUGAAAUCCUCGGCUAUGCUUUGGAUACGCUUUACAACGUCAUCUGCAAUGAUGAGGAGGAAGAACAAGAUGAAUCAGAAGAUGAGAGCGCACAGAAGCAGGCAGACGACCUCGGCCUCCAGUUUACAGACACGUUCAUCCAGGAUCCUGAGCACGUAACCCUGCUCCUCACUCUGCUGGAGGAGUUUGACUUUCAUGUGCGGUGGCCCGGAGUGAAGCUGCUGACUGCUCUGCUGAAGAACCAGGGUCCACAGAUCCAGGGUAUCAUUCUGGUCAGCCCCAUGGGUGUUUCCAGAUUGAUGGACCUGCUGGCAGACUCCAGAGAAGUAAUUCGCAAUGAUGGCUUGUUGCUACUUCAACAGCUGACUAAAAGCAACGCUGCCAUUCAGAAAAUUGUGGCAUUUGAAAAUGCGUUUGAGCGCCUCCUAGAUAUCAUCACAGAAGAAGGCAGCAGCGAUGGCGGUAUUGUGGUGGAGGAUUGUCUGCUUCUUCUCCUCAACCUGCUAAAGAACAACAGCUCCAACCAGAACUUCUUUAAAGAAGGCUCCUACAUCCAGAGAAUGAAGCCCUGGUUCGAGGUUGGUGACGAUAACUCUGGUUGGUCUGCACAGAAGGUCACAAACCUUCAUCUCAUGCUGCAGCUGGUGCGAGUCAUGGUGUCUCCAGUGAACUCUCCUGGAGCUACAGCCAGCUGUCAGAAGUCCAUGUUCCAGUGUGGCCUACUGCAGCAGCUGUGCACCAUCCUCAUGGCCACUGGUGUUCCUGCAGACAUCCUCACUGAGACCAUCAACACAGUUUCAGAGGUUAUCAGAGGCUCUCAGGUCAACCAGGACUAUUUUGCUUCUGUCAACGCUCCGUCAAACCCACCAAGACCAGCCAUUGUGGUGCUGCUCAUGUCCAUGGUGAACGAGAGACAACCAUUUGUGCUUCGCUGUGCAGUCCUUUACUGUUUUCAGUGUUUCCUCUAUAAAAACCAGAAAGGCCAGGGGGAGAUAGUUGCUACACUGCUGCCCUCCACCAUUGAUGCCAAUUCCAUCUCUGCAGGACAGCUGCUGUGUGGAGGCCUGUUCUCAGCAGACUCUCUUUCAAACUGGUGUGCUGCUGUGGCCUUAGCUCAUGCCCUGCAGGACAACCUCACCCAGAAAGAGCAGCUGCUGAGGGUUCAGCUUGCCACCAGCCUGGGCAAGCCCCCUGUGUCUCUGCUGCAGCAGUGCACCAACAUCCUGUCCCAGGGUGAUAAGAUCGUCCGGCGGGGCAGUAAAGUGCAGACCAGGGUGGGCCUCCUCAUGCUGCUGUGUACAUGGAUCAGCAACUGUCCGAUUGCCGUUACACACUUUCUGCACAAUCAAGAAAAUGUUCCUUUUCUGACCGCUCAGAUCUCAGAGAACCUGGGGGAGGACGAGAGGCUGGUGCAGGGCCUGUGUGCGCUGCUUCUCGGCAUCUGCAUCUAUUAUAACGACAACUCGCUGGAAAACUAUACCAAAGAGAAGCUAAAGCAGCUCAUCGAGAAGCGGAUCGGAAAGGAAAACUUUGUAGAGAAGCUGGGCUUCAUCACCAAACAUGAACUGUAUUCGCGGGCGGCUCAGAAACCCCAGCCCGUCUUCCCGUCUCCAGAGCAGAUGUUGUUCGAUCAUGAGUUUACCAAGCUGGUCAAAGAACUUGAAGGAGUGAUAACCAAAGCAGUUCACAAGUCUAGUGAGGAGGAGAAGAAGGAAGAGGAGGUGAAGAAGACAUUAGAGCAGCACGACAACAUUGUGACUCAGUAUAAAGAGCUGAUCAGAGAGCAGGACGCUCAGCUUCAGGAGCUGAAGGAGCAGGUGGCAUCCAUGACCUCCCAGAAUGAACAGCUGCAGGCUACAAUCACCCAGCAGCAGUCGCAGAUCCAGCAGCACAAAGACCAGUACAACAUCCUCAAGCUGAAAUUAGCUAAAGAGAACCAGGGUCAGUCCAACAGCCAGGGAGACGGCUCUCAGGUGAACGGGCUGCAGACAGAAGAGCUGACCCAGCUCAGAGAAGAGGUGGAGGAGCUCCGCAAACAGCACUCGCUACUUCAAACACAACUUGGUGAUAAAGAUGCUCUCAUCAGCAGCCUGAAAUCAGGAGCUGCACAGACAGCAGAGGGUCCAGCAGGAGGAUCAGACAACACAGAGCUGCUCCAGGAACUGGAGGCUUUAAGAAGUCAAGUUCAGUCCCAGUCAACAGAAAUCGGCCAGCUGAAGAUGGAGAGACAAGACCUGCUCAGAAGAGCUGAAGUUGGGUCCUCUGACACACUCCCCUCUAGUGACAGCUCAUUAGAUGCUGCAAAGAUGGCUGAACUGGAGAGCAGGCUGGGAGCGCAGACGUCUGAGAUGGAGAGACUAAAGGCAGAGGUAAAGAACCUGUCAGAGAGCCGGGCGGAGCUGGAGAAGCAUCUGGAUUCAACUACGAGCACGGUGGCCAUCCUGCAGACGGAGAAGGAGAAGCUGCAAACUGACGUCCAGGAGUCCAAGAAGGAGCAGGAUGACCUGCUGAUGUUGCUGGCAGACCAAGACCAGAAGAUCACCAGCCUGAAGAAGAGACUCAAAGAGCUGGGAGAGACGUUAGACUGUGACCCUUUCCUUGCAGGUGGAAGAUGAAGAUGACCUCGACACCAGAGACCAGACAGACGACGAUGAUGAGGAGGAUGAAGAUGAGGACUAGAGAAAAUCAGUGAAAGGAGAAAAAGGAGAGAAAAGACUCUGCAGAAACGCACCUGAGAAACUGAGUAGGACUAAAAUAUGGAAGCAGUUUCUCGUCCAGGCUGCCAUGCUGUCUUCUUCUGUACCCCAACACAUGUAUGUGUUAGUUUUUGGACAUUUUUAGUUCAAGAUGACGAUGUUCUUUCCAAAAACUCAAUUUUCAGCGACAGCUGAGAGAUUUAAACAUGUCAGUGUAUUCAUCUCUGCUGCAUUCACCAUCAGUUUGUGAUGGAUUUUAUUAGUUUUUUUUGUUUUUCUAAUGUACUGUCACAUAGUUCCUAAUCACAGAAAAACCCUUAAGUUAAUUUUAACACAUCUGGAGAAUUUGCAGAAGCGGAUUUAAAAUGUGUCACAAUGCAUUCUCAUUUUUCCCCAUCCUGCACUGCUGCCCUCACCAGUACAAGCACCUGCAGCAUUGGCGUCACCUGCACUUCGCCCCCCGAUCAGUUCGAGUUCAGCGUCACAGUUGUUCCAUUUCACUGACUGCUCUGCAAUAUGCUGCAAAACACUGAUGGAAAAGAUGUAAAGAGACAAAAAAGACAAAUAUUUUUGCAACUUUUUGUCCAGUACUGGCAUCCAGCUUCUGUAUGAUAUUGUGUAACUUAUCACUUUAAGAGCGACAUUGAAAUGAAUAAAGAAUCUAUCUGUAUGGAGGAAUAAUUGUAGAUAAAUUAAAUUUUACUAAAUCCAUAAUAAGACCUGGCUGUUAGGAUUUUUUUUUUUUUAAUUUUUUUAAAUUCGAGUGUUUUAAAAAAAAAAUGUUCACGCUGAAUGUUUUCAUGCCAAAUUAAUAACACUAAAUGAUUAGUGUCUGUCACUAAAACCUGAAAAGGAGGCAUGGCGGGACAUCGUAUAUUUACUGAGAAUAAACUGUUGUACCCUCA